GAAUUUACCAAAACAACAAAAAAUACAAUAUUCUGAUAUUUGUCAAAGAUUAUUUCAAGGCUUUUAUCAGUUUUUUAGCUGUCACUGAUCGGUGGCGAAAGCGGUUUGGAGCGAUUUUUUUUCCAACGCAUACACUCUCUCUUUGCUGUAGCUCUACCGCGAGUCUGUUGAAUUAUUGCGACUGCGAAUCUUCGCACAGUUGCUGUCGUCGUGUUCGGUGUCAAAGUCACAAACAGUCUUGACUCGGCGCACUGCCACAACAAGGGAAUUGAAGAUUACUUCAUUAUUUUGUGAUUUUGUAAAUCUUUAUUCAUAUACAUUACGGCUUUAUUGAAAUAAUGGGCAAGAUUCAAAUGCAAAAAAGCAGCGACGACGGUACAAAAUUGCUUUGUGCGAGUGCUUUGUUGAAGUGAACGCAAAAUAACAAAUAAAAAAUCGCGUUAACAAACAAACAGAGGCCAACGGGUACUCGAAGAAGUCGGAGAAGGUGACGAAGGCAACAACAACAGCAAACAUACACACACAGUCGCGUACAAAUGCAGAAUAUUGAAUUACAGGUAAAUUUAUAAAAUCGCAAUUACUAACUGUGCGAUAUCCAACGAAGAAGGCCGCACACAAAAGUCUCAUGUAAACUUGCCUCCCACUUGGACACAGGCAGCGAACCAUCGGUAAGCAAGCAAGCGAGCAGGAAACGGGAACACAGCGCAUUGACAAACCACUGCGACAAGAUACCAAAAUAAAUGAGCAAAACGAAUAUCACGAAUCGCCCUACCUACGUACACACAUACACGCAUAUAUAUUCAUUUAUUUAUUUUCUAACUUUAACAUUUGCUUUUGCGUUGAGUUUUUGUGAAACGCGCGAAUAAAUACACGAUUAUUUUAUAACUUGCCGUGAAACAAGUUGGUUGUGGCGGGCUAAAAGCUGAAUAAGAAGCGGAAAUACGCGCAAAACAAAAGACAUAAAAUAAACAAGAAAAACAACAUUGCAAACACCUGCGAACGACAUGCUAAAAUCACCAAAUAUUUUUAAGCCGCUGCGGCUGUUCCAACACAGGCAGCUAUUCUUCGUCUUCGUGUUCUUCACUUUGUGUUGUGCUUCACUAACUUUGGCGGACUUGGAGCUGCCAACAACACUACAACAAAGCGGAGAGCAACGUGGAAUUAGCAAUCCGUUGCCAGCUGCUUUGAAGGGAAAAUUAAUAUUCUCACAUGUGCUCUUCCGACACGGCGACCGCACGCCAAUUGAACCAUAUCCCACAGAUCCGUGGAAGAAUCGCGAGUACUGGCCGGUCGGCUGGGGUGAACUCACAAAUGCGGGAAAAAACCAGCACUAUCAGCUUGGCAAAUGGUUACGUCAACGCUAUAACACGCUAUUAAAUGAAACCUACUCCGAGAAUGAGAUUUAUGUGCGCUCAACCGAUGUUGAUCGCACGCUGGCGAGUGCGCUAUCCAAUUUGGCCGGACUGUAUCCCCCAAUAGGCGCUGAGAUUUGGAAUAAAGAUAUAGCGUGGCAACCGAUACCGGUGCAUUCCAAACCCGAGAGAGACGAUAAGGAAUUGGCUGGUAAAGUGCCCUGUCCCGCCUACGAUUAUGCGCGCUCAGCACUUUUGAAUUCGAUUACCUUCCAACAGUUGAAUCAACGCUAUCAAUAUUUAUUUGACUAUUUGACCAAGUAUUCGGGUCGCAAAGUGGACACAUUAGAGGCUAUACAACGCAUGAAUAAUACAUUUUACAUUGAGACACUCUACAAUCGUACGCUGCCCGAAUGGACCAAGAAGGUGUACCCCAGCGCCGAUAUGACAUACAUAGCUGAUUUCGCCUUUUCGAUUAACACGUAUACGCGCCGCAUGGCACGCUUAAAAGCCGGACCGCUGAUAAAAGAAAUGCUACAACGUUUCGGUGAGAAGGCGCGCGGUUCACUCAAGCCCGAUCGGUCGGUGUGGAUUUAUAGCGCACACGACACAACCGUGGCGAAUGUUUUGAACACACUCAAAUUAUACGAUAUGAAAAGUCCCGGUUAUACAGCUUGUUUACUAUUCGAAUUGCGCAUUGAUGAGCAGAAUCAACCUUUUGUGUCAAUAUUCUACAAAAACACUUCGGCUGAGCCCACACUACUGAAUAUACCCGAUUGUGGCGUGUCAUGUCCACUGGCGAAAAUGCACACAAUUUACAAAGAUAUUUUGCCGGUAGAUUGGGAGAAAGAAUGCAGACUGAGCACCAUGAUGAUGCCCUACGAUGAGGCUAAUAUCGGCUUGGCUAUGGGUAAGCCCAGCUUUACAAAUACAAUGCGGCCGUAUUAUUUGCUAAUAUCAGGUAUUUUUCUAACCACAGCCAUACUGGGUUCAGUUAUCUGCUUUAUGCUACUGCUCUCCUACACAUUCAUGCUGUACUAUCGCCGCCGCCGUUAUAGCGCCUAUUCGUAUGCGCAAAUGGCCUAAUUGUCAAUAAGUGAUAUACAUACCUAUUUAUAAUGCUUUAGUUUUGCCCAACAACAUGCAACAACCAACCAGCUCCAAAGUGUAUGAGCACAAAUCGUAAUGUUCCUCUGUGUUUCGAUAAUCCUAAUACAUAUGUAUAUAUAUGUGCGAGUAUAAUAUGCAUUUGAUUUUAAUAUUUGACAAAUUUGAUAUUUAGCAAUUGAAUUGCAUUUGCAUUGUAUGUUAACUGUUAUAUGUGUGUAUGUAUGUAAAUUUAUCAAUUGUGAUUCGCAUUUCUAGCUGAUAGUGUUUGCUCUAAUAUCAAAUUAAUGCAUUUUCAAUUAAAUAAUUAAAUAAACUUGUACCUACCUAAAUACCUACACACACAUGUAUAUAAACUCGAUUAUGUGCCAGUCAUCGGUCUGUUCGUUAACCUAACUGUUUUAAGCAAUAUUUUUUGUGCUUUAAAGGAAGUGCUUAAGUCAAAAAUUAUUAUCAUUGAUAUAUAUAAAUGUCUACCAACAGUGUAUCCUAUUUUUUGUGUACAUACAUAUAUAUAUAUAUAUUUAUACUACCGUUAUUCAAUGCUGAUUAAAUGUCCAACGAGCAGACUGUCAUGCGUUAUACAUAAUUUAGUUUUAAGGUUUUUUAGUUAGAACGGUGCUCACUUAUCACAUACAUAUUUACUAAUACAUACAAGUGUCAGACAUGAAAAUUACUUCAAUCAAAAUAAUGUGAAAUAUUAUUUGAGUCGUUUUAUUAUAAUUAGUUCCAUCGAAAUCCUGCGUAAUUGUCCUUUUAUUUUUUUUGUUUGUCCUUGAAAUUUUUUGUUCUCUUUUUGCCAUUUUAAUCCCAUGACAUCCCAGCCACAUUGUACGUAAAUAUAUAAGUGAUUUGCAUUAAAUAAAAAAGACUGUUGUUUAAUAGAAA